UGCAGUAAUGGAUACUGGUACAAAUAAGCGACAAAACAAUAAUAGUAAUAGCGAAGCUCAAAAGAAAAGAAGUGUUACUUUAACCAACAAACAAAGAUAUGAUUUAUGUUUUCAAAAAAAGAACGAACCUAAUUCAAAAGAAGCGACAAAUAAGAGAAGCAAAAAACCUGUUUUUGUUGACAUUGAAUCGGCAGUGGCACUUUGGGUAGAACAUGUUAUAGGCAAUAAGCAAACAUUAACAGGCUAUCUUAUCCAAAAUAAGGCAAAAGAAUUUGCAACAUUACUGAAUGAAGAUAAAUUUAAUGCUUCAAAUAGUUGGUUACAUAACUUUAAGAAAAGACACAACAUUAGAGAGUAUAAAAGGCAAGGUGAAGCUGAUAGUGCACCUUUGGAAGAAUUACCCGAAUUUAGAA